UCUAAUAACGGGUUGCCAUCGUGCGUUUAAUCAAUCGUAAGCCCAAAGGCACCACUGUGUUCACUACAAGCACAGGCUGCAUAAUAAUUACUAGAUACAGAGUUUAAUAAUAAAUUCCAUCAUGAACGAUUGUGAAAUUGAAAGUCUGAAAACUGAAUUGGAACAUGAAAAGAACUGCCGAGAAUCAGCAGCUUGGCAAAAUGGAGAACUUGAGAAGCAGAUAGUACUGGUUCAAGACGAAUUGCGCAAAACCGAUUAUACAUGGGACCACGAUGACGACCUGAUGAAAGAGAGCGCAAGACACAAGGUUUAUCAAGACACCAUAGAAACAUUGAGGGAACAACUGCCAGCAUUGAAAGACAAGAUCAAAAAGGCUAAGAUUUGUGGAGCCGACUGUAAAUUGAAACAUGACGACCUCAACAUAAACCUGGACCUUCUUACACCGGCUGAACUGUUGCGGACAGUGAAAAGGUUUGAGCGUCUGAAAACAGACUUAAUAAGUACGCUGCGAAGCAAAGAGUGGCGCUUGGACUCGGAGUCUAAGUUGUUCGUGAGAGUGAACGACCAAAGAACUUAUUUGCAGAACGAGUUGAUGAUAUGUCAGAACAAUAUCAUGCGACUGCAGAAGAAUAGUAGCUACUGGCAAAACAUCGCCCGAAAGAACGACGAGCGAGUACUUGACGCAAAGCGAGGACCUAUAAAGAAAAUUAUAGGAAACGAGCGGCUCGCACCCAUCGCAACGUAGACAACUAGACAAAAUAUAUUUUUAUCAACUUACACACUGUAGAGAUGUAUUUUCUUACACGGAAGAAAAUUUUAAUUAUAUUUACUGUAAUAAUAAGGAAUAUCUAUUUACCAUUAGUGUUGUAAGUCGUUGUUUAGGUGUAUUAGAUAGACAAAGUCAAGACCUACCUAAUAGUAUAAUCACAUUGAAAUUAUGGUUGUUCACAGUAUAUCUGUGUAGUUGUUUUUCUAAAGCGUCUAUUUUCUAUAAAUACUUAAAGUUAAUUCUAUUUCCACCUAAAUAGACUAUGCAGAUGUAGCACUUCUCUUAUUAAAUAAUGGCUUUAAUUCUGGGUCGAAAUACGUAGGUAUACUUAGAUAAAAUGAAGGAUGUGACUUAGGUAGUUUAAUAUAAGUAGAAAUCGUAUGAUCUAUUUAUUAGAGUACAUAAUUAACUAACUGAAAGUCGAACGCGAUGUAAAAAAAUAAGUAGAAAUCAAAUAAUUUCCGAAUAAACUAGAAUGUUAUACUGUUAUACAUAUAUGUAUGUACCU